CCUAUCAUUCCAUUGGCGAUAGCAGUUAAUCGCUUACGACUAACCGACUUGAAUACAAGUUCUUGGUUGAUUCCUUGCCCGCCCCACCAACCCUCCUUUUUCUGUUUGAUUUGGCUUCCUCCUUUUUCCGCCGUAUAAAUAAAAACCCAAAUUCUGAAAUCUUCAAACCAUUUCACCUGCUUAAGAGAUUUCUGCGCCAAUGGCUUUUAGAACCGUCUCGUUCCAAUCUACGCCUCCCAUUUCUCAUCUUCAAAGAUUCAAAGACUUGCAGUCUUUUGGUGGAAUCAAUCAUGUUAAACCGUACGUUGCAACUAGCCUCGUUUCGGAGUUAACCUCGAGCUGUAAAGCUAGUAAACUGUUUUUAGGCACCAGGGGUUCAGUCCAACCAAGAGCUACGUUGAUAUCUGGUGAAGGAGGAGUUCUGUCUUCUUCCAAUGGCAAUGCUGUUGUUUCGAACGAUAUCGUCCUUGGAAAUCAGCUAGAUUCAGCUUCUACUCGAAAUAGUUUUCCCGUUGGUGAAGAUGAAUAUGAUUUUGAUCGUCCCACCGCAGGUUUCGCUGCUGUUGCUGAUGCAGUCGAAGAUAUUCGACAGGGAAAGAUGGUGCUUGUUGUUGAUGAUGAAGAUAGAGAAAACGAGGGAGAUUUGAUAAUGGCAGCACAAGCUGCUACUCCUGAGGCUAUGGCUUUCAUUGUAAAACAUGGAACAGGAAUUGUUUGUGUAGCCAUGAAAGGUGAAGAUCUGGAGAGGUUACGGAUUCCGCUCAUGGUGAACGAAAAGGAGAACGAGGAGAAGCUUUGUACUGCUUUUACAGUGACAGUGGAUGCAAGAGAAGGUACAACCACCGGAGUUUCAGCUAGUGAUAGGGCAACAACAGUGUUGAAACUUGCCUCAAGAGAUUCAAAACCUUAUGAUUUUAAGAGACCUGGCCAUAUAUUUCCCCUCAAGUACAGGGAAGGUGGUGUUUUGAAGAGAGCUGGACAUACCGAAGCAUCUGUCGACCUUGCCAUGCUUGCUGGAUUAGAACCGGUCGGUAUCCUUUGUGAGGUGGUUGAUGAAGAUGGUUCCAUGGCUAGGUUACCGAAACUUCGCGAAUUUGCGAAACGGGAAAACCUGAAAAUCAUUUCCAUUGCUGAUUUAGUCAGGUAUAGGAGGAAGAGAGAUAGAUUAGUCGAAUGUGCCGGGGCUGCUGCUCGCAUGCCGACUACAUGGGGACCGUUUCAGGCAUAUUGCUACCGAUCUAUUUUGGAUGGCAUUGAGCAUAUUGCUAUGGUUAAGGGUGAUAUUGGUGAUGGACAAGAUAUUCUGGUGAGAGUACACUCGGAAUGUCUCACCGGAGACAUUUUCGGAUCAGCGAGAUGCGACUGUGGAAACCAGCUUGCUCUAGCAAUGCAGCUGAUCGAAGCUGCAGGCAGGGGUGUCUUGGUUUAUCUCCGUGGUCAUGAAGGACGAGGCAUAGGUUUGGGCCACAAACUUCGUGCGUAUAACUUGCAAGAUGCCGGGCGGGAUACUGUCGAAGCGAACGAGGAACUAGGACUGCCUGUGGAUUCUCGAGAAUAUGGCAUUGGUGCACAGAUUCUAAGAGAUCUCGGAGUAAGAACAAUGAAGCUCAUGACAAAUAACCCAACAAAGUACAAAGGAUUGAAGGGUUAUGGCUUAGAAGUUUCCGGCAGAGUUCCUCUGAUAACCCCAAUUACAAAGGACAACAAGAGAUACCUCGAGACGAAGCGUGCCAAAAUGGGGCACAUCUACAACCUCGAUUUUGGUAGCAGAUUUAGAAAUUUGAUCGACGACCAUCAAACGUCGAACAGUAGUGCAGAAUCGAGCGACGCUGUGGCGUAAGCUAAGCUAAGCAACGUCGAAAACGAGAAGGGGUUGGAAGUGAAAGGAAUGCUGCUGGCUGACCCCAUAAGCAAAAUGAAGCCUUACAGGAAAUACUAUUAGUAUUGAUUUAGUUUAAUAUGUUCACUUAAUUGUUUGAUUAUGAUAUUUAUGAUAAGAUUGAACCCUCAAAACCCAUAGUAUCAAA